AUGCGUUGCUGGGCACACAAUAAAACAAGAGCGAUGUUAAUCCCACUGGUUGUUUCGUUGUGCAGUUUGCUCACAUUUAUCAGUGGUAUUUCAAUAACGGUCAUCGAUAUCGGUUAUCCGCAACUGAAUGUCGCUCUUCUCGGCAGUGGACUCUUUGGAUUGUGCGUAUCCGCAGUGAUUUGGGCACUGCGACCUCAAGCAUUGAUGACUUGGCCAAAGUGUAUGAUGAGUAAAAUGCGACGUAGGUCGUUUGGCUCAGUACGUUACGCGAAAGGACCACAAGUGGAAAUGUUGAACCGCGAUAACACAGAAGUGGUGAUGAGGAGUAUUCGUGGAAUACCGUAUUUGAUUCAGGCCAUUCAAUACAGUAUGGAAGCGACCUAUUACAAGGAUAUGAUGGAUCUGUCUGGUGAAGGUGUUGUGCGGACAUCGGUCAUUCAUACAGCACCUGGAUGCACGUCAGUGCUCGACUCGGAUCACGAGAACGACGCUGACGAGGGGCAAUCACCUGCACCUGUGCCACCGAUCGGUCCUGAUGAACAAUGGACGCCUACCGGUUCAUCGAUGUGGAAAAACACCCAGUUGAGGUUAUCGUUGAACAGGGCUAGUUCAACUCUAAGUGUUUUUCCUUACGCUGAAGGGAACCUGAACAAUCGACCGGAUUCGUUUGACGUUGAUUCAACGCUCGAUUCGGAAACGAAGUCGAGGCGUAGCAGUGGCAGAUCAGCUGACGUUAGUGACGAGCAUGCUUCCAGUUCUGAUGCUGUUGUGAUAGGAUAUUAUCUGAACGAUACGCAAUUGAUUAUGAUACCUGAUCAUCUGAAUGCAAGCUCACCUACCUCUAAAGAUGUACUCGUUAAAGCCCAUCUGAGCAGUGCUACCGUCACCUAUCUCAACAAAUACCGUUUUAGGAAAUGCAACCUGGUGAAUCGACCACAUGAAAUCAGAUGCAUUGGCAUGAGUGAGACGUUCAUUCAAAAGUUCAAUUCAAGCUUCAAAAGCUAUCGUCAGGGUACCUCGAAACAGUGA